AUGCCUGUCUUCAAAUUUCCAUUCAGCCUCGAAAUAGAUCGUCGUCUCUCUGGCAUCCUCCCGUUCGUUGCCUCCUAUGUUUCUGCCACUCCCACCCGUAAUACUCUCUAUCUCGGCGAAGACCGCAACUCCGUCCUCGGCGCGCACCGAGUGCCAGGCCAGAAAAAGUGGUCCACCGAAAUCCCACGCGUCAAAUCCAAUUUCCCAGAUGAGCGAUUCGACGAUCCAAAAAUCCGCUUCGUACCCAGCAAAGGCAUGCUUGUGAAUUCUGACGAUGAGCAUAAGGACCAUGUAAGCUACAUUGUAGUGAUUGAUAGGAGGGGGUUUGAGUUGACGACGAUCAUGAGUGAUCCAGCCAUGAGGCACAGGGAGAUGGUGGAGCGGGAUCAGAGGGAGGAGAAGGAGGCAGAGGCGCGAUUGGCGGAGAAAACGGAGGUCGAGAGGCUAAGUAGGGAGAGAUGGGGAGUGAAGUAG